AUGCUGGAAUUUGUCAUUGACAACAAGUACGUGUAUGUGGUCUUUGGGGACCAGGCCAUGAGUCAAAAUUUUGAUUCUGAAAAUCUUGAGUUUUAUUGUGUUGAAAAAGGUGCAUACACGGUAUGGAUUGGAGGUUCAGAUCGACAGAAAGAGGAUACGUGGGCCUGGACAGAGAAUGGAGAUUUGCUAUCCUUUACAUUCUGGGGGGAAAAACAACCUAACAAUUAUCAUGACCAGGAUUGCCUUGCUUUAUUCAAAGAAUUUGAUUUCUUGUGGGCCGAUGAAGACUAUACAAUAUGGAUUGGAGGAACAGAUAAUGUGAUCGAGGGAGACUGGGCCUGGAUAGGGAGUGGAGACCAGUUUAAUUUCUCAGACUGGGGACAAUCGCAACCUGAUAACAUUUCCUCCGAUGACGAUUGCCUCUGUAUGCACAAAGACUUAGACUUCAAGUGGGCAGAUGAUGAUUGUAAUCUUAACAAUUUCGGUUACAUAUGCAAGAAAACAAUACAAUAG